AUGGCUGGUUUCCGUAUAAUUGAGUUGGCAGCCCCAUUUUUGCCAAUAAUGCCCGAGAUUGAAUUACCUUAUGAUAAAUUGCCAUUUGAUGAUAAGGUCGUUUAUACAAUAUUAAUUGGAUUAUUUUAUAUAUUUUCACAGUUACCGAUUGCUGGUAUAAACACCAAUGGCAUUACCUCCAAUGCUAUUGAAGGUGAUCCAUUAUAUUACUUACGAGGCAUUUUCGCAAUGGGUCCAUCCAAAACAAUAUUAGAAUUUGGUCUGUUUCCUAUUGUAUCCUCUACUUUAAUCUUACAACUGUUGGCUGGUAUGAAAUUGAUCAAAGUUAACUUCAAGAAUUCCCAAGAUAGACAACUUUUCCAGAGUUUAACCAAGAUUGUAAGUGUGUUUUUAUACAUUAUCUUGACCAAUAUCUUUAUUGCUACUGGUUACUUCGGUGCUAACUUGUCUCUCCUCAGCAUUUUAUUAAUUAAUUUCCAAAUUGUUUCCAUGGGUAUUUUUACUAUCCUAUUAGUUGAAAUUAUCGAUAAAAGUUACGGUUUCGGUAGUGGUAUCAUGUGCAUUACUGUCAUGAAUACCGCUACUAAUUUUGUUGAUAAUGUGUUUGGUGUAGCCUCUAUUAAUGUUGAUACAGUUGUUGGUGGUAAUUACACCGAAUCUAGAGGUGCCUUCAUUAACUUGACCCAAAAUUUGAGAUCUUCUAGAUUUAGUUUGAUUGGUGGUAUUGUCUCCGCAUUUACUAGAGAUUAUUUACCAAAUUUAACUCAUGUUUCUAUUGUUGCCUUGAUUUUCUUUAUUGUUUGUUAUUGGCAAAAUUAUAACAUGGAAGUUACCAUUAGAUCAACAAGAACAAGAAAUAUCAAUAACGUUUAUCCAAUCCGUAUGUUGUACACAGGUGGUUUAUCCAUAUAUUUUUCUUUUAUUUUAAUUGCCCUUAUCAACAUAUCCAUUUAUGUGUUCUUGAAUAUUACUCAUUUGUCCAAUAAGUACUAUGUUUUGGAAAAUAAUACGCUAUUGAUUCCUAAAUUCCCCUUCAAUUUGUUGACUCCUCCAAAGGCUUUUUAUCCGGAUUUAUUCACCAAACAAAUUUUGACUUUGUUAAUAUUACCAAUCUUCAUUAUUAUCAGUAGUUGUUGGUUUAGUUUGCAAUGGAUGAAUAUUAGCGGCGCAUCUCCAAAAGACAUUGCUUUGCAAUUCAAGGAGCAAUCUAUUACUAUUGCUGGCAAGAGAGAGCAAGCUAUCAAACAAGAAUUGAAUAAUAAAAUCAGACCAGCUGCUAUUGCCGGUGGAUUAGUAUUGGGUGGUAUUGUUAGUUUAGGGGAAUUGUUGGGCUUAAAGGGUGAUGCUGCUGGUAUCGUUGUUGCUGUUACUAGUGGAUUUGCCUUGUUAGAGUUGGUUACUAUUGAAUACCAACAAAGCGGAGGCAAAAGUGCAUUAACCCAAAUAUUAGGUGCACCAGGUGGUAAAUAUUAG